AUGAGUGCUGCUGCUGUCAGCUACAAACUCAACACAGACCAAGAGGUAGCAGGAGUUGAAAAAUUAGAGAUCUUCGGGCGUAUCAAUCAAAAUCAUCUGUCGAGAAAUAACUGUGCACUCAAGACCCACCCGUGGGACACAGGUUGCCAGCUAAUCAUCCGUGACCUCAUGUUUCUUGUGAAUAUGACAACUCCCCAGGACAUUAUCGAGAGGUGCGCCCCGGGUAGGAGGCGGAAAGAGGGAACCACCGCGCGGGGCGGCGGUGGCGCAAACGCCACCGGGCUCCCCGGUUGAAAGUAACGCGAAAGCGCCCGGGCUGUUGCUUGUGUGUUGGUGUUCGGUUCUUCUGUGUCUACGCCUAGCCCGUUCAGGAUGAUCCCGAGCACCGCCCAAACGCCUGGCGGCUCUACGGUCACGCGGGUGCCGUGGGUGUUCUACCGCUUUCAGCUGUUUGCCGUUUCUUUGUUGGUUGUCGUGGUUUUCGUGCUCACCUUGUCCAGAAUGAUCCGGAGCACCGCCCAAACGCCUGACGGGUUUACCGUGGCGCGGAUGCGUCUGGUUUUUCACACUUCUCGGCUGUUGCUUAGUUGCUUGGCCGUCGUCUUUUUUGUAUGUUGUUCAGAGUUCAGCUCUGACCUUGCUCUCAGCUUCGAGCUUUCAAAUUCAAGCGGCCCUCUCUGGGCUUUCGAUUCAGCUCUGAGCUUUCAGGCUUGGCCCUUCGACUUUGGGUCUUCAGCUUUGAGCUGUCAGGUGUGGGCUUUCAGCUUGACGCUUUAAGGCUCAGGGUUAACCAAUUCCCAGGCCUUUUUCAGUUUUUUCAGUUUGUUUAUUCAGGCUGCGGGGGCUUUGGCUUUAUCUUAUCGCGUAGAUUUUGAAGUGAUUUAGUGCCCAUCUGCGUGAAGUCAGGGCUAACCCCUUCCCGCGCCUUUCUUUCUUUCAAUUUUUUGGCUUCGAAUUCUAUAUCUAGAAGCUUCGGCUCUAUCGCGUAGGUUUUAGCUUUCUUUCACACGCAUCUGCGUGAGGUCAGGCCUAACCAAUUCCCAAGCCUCGCGCGCAGGCUCAUAAGCUUGCAAGCCCGUAGGCUGUUCAUAAGUGUUGGCGCCGAUGCUGAUGGUGAGGGGGGUGGAGGUGAUGCAGCCCCGCCGAUCGGGUGGGGUGGGGUGGGGGGCGUAGGCUCCUAAGUUCACAGGCGCAGCCAGGCCCAUAGGCUCAGAACUUCGGAAAGUUUGGGAAGCUUGGAAGGCUUCGAAAGUUCGGAACGGUUCGGAAAGGCUGGAAACAAAGUUAGCAAAGUUCGGAAAGUUGGGAAAAUUGGGGAAGCCCAGAAAGUUGGGAAGGCUGGGGAAGUUGCGAACUGUUCGGAAAAGUUUGGAAGAGUUCGGCGAAAGGUUGGAAAAAGUUCGGAAAAAGUUGGGGAAGCGGGGGAAAAUUGGGGAAAGGUGUGAGGGGCUGCGGAAUGCUGGGGGAAGUUGCGAAAAUUUGGGAGACAAAAGCCGGGGAAAGUUGCGAAACGUUGAGGGAGGUCGUGAAAAGCCGCGAAAAGUUGCGAGGUGAAAGCCGUGAAAAGUUGAGAAAAGGCGCAGAAAAGUGGAGGAAGCUAGUAAGAGCUGGGAGUAGUAGCUUGGAAGAAUUGGGAGAAGCUGGGAAACGUGGGGAAUGUUUGGGAAGUUUGGAGGGCUUGGGAAGUUAGAGAAGCUGCGAAAAGUUGGAGAGAGGUUGGGGGAAGCUCGCUGGGAAAAGCUGGGGAAAGUUGGGAGAGUUGGGAAGGCUGAGAAAGUAGGAGAGAGCUGGGAGAAAUUGGGGAAAGUUGGGAGAGCUUGGAAGGCUUGGAAGGUUAGAGGAGCUGCGAAAGUGUGGGAAAGAGCUGGAAAAAAGCGGGGAAAAGCUGGAGAAAGUUGGGAAAAGUGGGGGGAGCUGGGAAGGCUGCGGGAGUUUGGGAGAGCUGGGAGAAGUUGGGGAACGUCUGGAAAGCUUGGGAGCUGGGGAGGCUGUGAAAGCUGGGAAAACUUGGGAGAAGCUGGGGAAAGUUUGGAAAUUUCGGAAAGUUCGAGAAGCUGCGAAAAGUUGGAAAGUAAAGAGUAAAAGGCUUGGAAAAGUUGGGAGAAGCUGGGAAAAGUUGGGGAAAGCUGGGAAAAGAUGGGGAGAGCUGGGAAAAGUUGGGGAAGCUGGGGACGCUUGGGAAGUCUGGGAAGCUUGGAAGCGGAGAAAGCUGGAAAAAGUUGGGAGAAGUUGGAGAGAGCUGGAAAGAACCGGAAAGAACCGGAAAGAACUGGAAAGAGCUGGAAAGAGCUGGAAAAAGCUGGAAAAAGCUGGAAAAAGCUGGAAGAAGCUGGAAAAAGCUGGAAAGAGCUGGAAAAAGCUGGAAAAAGCUGGAAGAAGCUGGAAGAAGCUGGAAAAAGCUCGAAAAAGCUGGGAGAAGCUGGAAAAAGCUGGGAAAAGCUGGGAGAAGCUGGGAAGCAAGUGCGGAAAGCUUGGAAGCUUCGGAAAACUUGGGAGCUUCGGAGAGCUUGGAAAGCUUGGGAAGCUAGAGGGGCUGCGAAAAGGCCGAAAAAAGCUGGGCAAAGUAAGUUGGGAAAUGUGUGAAAAGUUGGGAAAAAAGUUGGGAAAAGUGGGGACAGUUCGGAAAGCUGGGAAAGUUUGGAAAGCUCGGGAAGUUUGGGAAGUUAGAGAAACUGCGACAAGGUGGAAAAAGCUGGGAAAAGCUCGGAGAGAUCGGAAAGCUUGGGGGGCUUGGAAAGUUUGGAAAGCUAGAGGAGCUGGGAAAAGGUGAGAAGAAGGCGGGAAAAGCUGGGGACGCUCGGAGAGCUCGGAGGCUGGGAAAAGUUGGGAAAAGCCGGGAAAAGUUGGGAAAGUUCAAGCUGGGAAAGUUGGGAAAAGUGAGGGAGAGCUGGAAGAAGUUCGGGAGAGCUGGAAGAAGUUCGGGAAAGCUGGAAGGAGUUGGGGAAAGCCGGAAGAAGACCAGGGAAAGCGGGAAGAAGUUGAAGAAAGCUGGGAGAAGCUUGAAAAGCUGGGAGAAGUUGGGAAAAGCUGGGAAGAGUUGGGAAGAGUCGGGAAGAGUCGGGAAGAGUUGGGAAGAGUUGGGAAGAGUUGGGAAGAGCUGGGGAGAGUUGGGGAGAGUUGGGAAGAGUUGGGAAGAGUUGGGAAGAGUUGGGAAGAGUUGGGAAGAGUUGGGAAGAGUCGGGAAAAGUUGGAAAAAGUUGGAAGAAGUUGGAAAAAGUUGGAGAAAGUUGGAAAAAGCUGGAAAGAGUUGGAAAAAGCUGGAAAAAGCUGGAAGAAGCUGGAAAAAGUUGGGAAAAGCUCGGGAAAGUUCGGAAAAGUUCGGAAGGGCUCGGAAAAGUUCGGAGAAGUUGGGAGAAGCUGGGAAAAGUUGGGAAAAGCCGGGAAAAGUUGGGAAGAGCUGGGAAAAGUUGGGAAAAGUGAGGGAGAGCGGGAAGGAGUUCGGGAGAGCUGGAAGAAGUUCGGGAAAGCUGGAAGGAGUUAGGGAAAGCCGGGAGGAGACUAGGGAAAGCGGGGAGAAGUUAAAGGAAGCCGGAAAGCUGGGAAAAGUUGGGAAGUGUUGGGGAGAGUUGGGAAGAGUUGGGGAGAGUUGGGAAGAGUUGGGAAGAGUCGGGAAAAGUCGGGAAAAGUUGGGAGAAGUUGGAAGAAGUUGGAAAAAGCUGGAAAAAGCUGGAAAAAGUUGGAAAAAGUUGGGAAAAGUUGGGAAAAGUUGGAAAAAGCUGGGGAAAGUUGGGAAAAUUGGGGGAAAGCUGGAAGAAGUUAAGGAAAGCCGGAAGGAGUUAGGGAAAGCUGUAAGAAGCUGGGGAAAGCUGUAAGGAGUUAGGGAAAGCUGGCAGAAACUUGGAAAGCUGGGGAAAGUUCGGAAAAGCUCGGAAAAGUUGGGGAGAGUUGGGAAAAGUUGGGAAAAGCUGGGGAAAGCUGGGAAGAGUUGGGGAGAGUUGGGAAGAGCUGGGAAGAGUUGGGAAGAGUUGGGGAGAGUUGGGAAGAGUUGGGAAAAGUUGGGAAAAGUUGGGAAGAGCUGGGAAAAGUUGGGAAAAGUUGGGAGAAGUGAGGGAGAGCUGGAAGAAGUUCGGGAGAGCUGGAAGAAGUUCGGGAAAGCCGUGAGAAGACUAGGGAAAGCCGUAAGAAGACCAGGGAAAGCCGUGAGAAGACUGGGGAAAGCUGGAAGAAGUUGGGGAAAGCUGGAAGGAGUUAAAGAAAGCUGGAAGAAGUUCAAGAAAGCUGGAAGAAACUUGAGACGCAGCUGGGAAAAGUCGGGAGAAGUUGGAAAGAGUUGGAAAAAGCUGGAAAAAGCUGGGAAAAGUUGGAAAAAUUUGGAAAAAGCUGGCGAAAGUUGGGGAAAGUGGGGGAAAGCUGGAAGAAGUUAAGGAAAGCUGGAAGGAGUUAGGGAAAGCUGGAAGGAGCUGGGGAAAGCUGUAAGAAGGUAGGGAAAACUGGGAGGAACUUGAAAACAAAGGAAAAGCGGGGAAAAGUUGGGACAAGCUGGGAAAAGUUGGAUGCUCGGAAAAGUUCGGAAAAGUUGGGAGAAGUUGGGGAGAGUUGGGAAGAGUUGGGAAGAGGUGGGAAAAGUUGGGAGAAGUUGGGGAAAGUUGGGAGAAGUUAAGGAAAGCUGGAAGGAGCUAGGGAAGGCUGGAAGGAGCUGGGGAAAGCUGUAAGAAGGUAGGGAAAGCUGGGAGAAACUUGAAAACAAAGGAAAAGGUGGGAGAAGCUGGGAAAAGUUGGAUGCUCGGAAAAGCUGGGAAAAGCUGGGAGAAGUUGGGAAGAAUUGGGAGAAGCUGGGAAAAGUUGGGAAAAGCUGGGAGAAGUUGGGAAAAGCCGGGAAAAGCUGGGAAAAGCUGGGAAGAGCUGGGAAAAGUUGGGAAAAGUUGGGAGAAGUUCGGGAGAGCUGGAAGGAGUUGGAGAAAGCUGGGGAAAGUUGGGAGAAGUGGAAGGAGGUAAGGAAAGCUGGAAGGAGUUAGGGAAAGCCGGAAGGAGCUGGGGAAAGCUGUAAGAAGCUAGGGGAAGCUGGAAGGAACUUGAAAAGUAAGGAAAAGCUGGGAAAAGUUGGGAGAAGCUGGGAAAAGUUGGAUGCUCAGAAAAGUUGGGAAGAGCUGGGAGAAGUUGAGAAGAGUUGGGGAGAGUUGGGAAGAAUUGGGAGAAGCUGGGAAAAGUUGGGAAAAGCUGGGAGAAGUUGGGAAAAGUUGGGAAAAGCUGGGAAGAGCUGGGAAAAGUUGGGAAAAGUUGGGAGAAGUUCGGGAGAGCUGGAAGGAGUUGGAGAAAGCUGGGGAAAGUUGGGAGAAGUGGAAGGAGGUAAGGAAAGCCGGAAGGAGUUAGGGAAAGCUGGAAGGAGCUGGGGAAAGCUGUAAGAAGCUAGGGGAAGCUGGAAGGAACUUGAAAAGUAAGGGAAAGCUGGGAAAAGUUGGGAGAAGCUGGGAAAAGUUGGAUGCUCGGAAAAGUUGGGAAGAGCUGGGAAAAGUUGGGGAGAGCUGGGAACAGCUGGGAGAAGUUGGGAAGAGCUGGGAAGAGUUGGGGAGAGCUGGGAAGAGUUGGGGAGAGUUGGGGAAAGUUGGGAAGAGUUGGGAAGAGUUGGGGAGAGUUGGGAAGAGUUGGGAAAAGUUGGGAAAAGCUGGGGAAAGUUGGGAAAAGGUAGGGGAAGCCGGAAGAAGUUAGGGAAAGCGGGAAGAAGUUAGCGAAAGCGGGAAGAAGUUUGUUAGGGAAAGUUGGGAAGAGCUGGGAAAAGUUGGGAGAAGUUCGGGAGAGCUGGAAGAAGUUCGGGAAAGCCGUAAGAAGACUAGGGAAAGCCGUGAGAAGACUGGGGAAAGCUGGAAGAAGUUGGGGAAAGCUGGAAGGAGUUAAAGAAAGCGGGAAGAAGUUAAAGAAAGCCGGAAGAAACUUGAGGAGCAGCUGGGAAAAGUUGGGGAGAGUUGGGAAAAAGCUGGAAAAAGUUGGGAAAAGUUGGAAAAACUUGGAAAAACGUGGGGAAAGUGGGGGAAAGCCGGAAGAAGUUAAGGGAAGCUGGAAGGAGCUGGGGAAAGCUGUGAGAAGGUAGGGAAAGCUGGAAGAAACUUGAAAGCAAAGGAAAAGCUGGGAAAAGUUGGAUGCUCGGAAAAGCUGGGAGAAGUUGGGAAGAGUUGGGAAGAGCUGGGGAGAGUUGGGAAGAGUUGGGGAGAGUUGGGAAAAGUUGGGAAAAGUUGGGAAAAGUUGGGGGAAGUUGGGAAGAGCUGGGAAAAGUUGGGAAAAGCUGGGAGAAGUUGGGAGAAGUGGGGGAGAGCUGGAAGGAGUUCGGGAGAGCUGGAAGAAGUUGGAAAAAGCUGGGGAAAGCUGGGAAAAGUUGGGAAAAGUGGAAGAAGGUAAGGAAAGCCGGAAGGAGUUAGGGGGAGCUGGAAGGAGCUGGGGAAAGCUGUAAGAAGUUAGGGAAAGCUGGGAGAAACUUGAAAAGUAAGGAAAAGCAGGAAAAAGCUGGGGAAAUUGGGGGAAAGCUGGAAGAAGUUAAGGAAAGCCGGAAGGAGUUAGGGAAAGCUGUAAGGAGCUGGGGAAAGCUGUAAGGAGUUAGGGAAAGCCGGCAGAAACUUGAAAAGUUAGGAAAAGCUGGGAAAAGUUCGAAAAAGCUCGGAGAAGUUGGGAAGAGCUGGGAAAAGUUGGGAGAAGCUGGGGAGAGUUGGGAAGAUCUGGGAAGAGUUGGGGAGAGUUGGGAAAAGCUGGGAAAAGUUGGGAGAAGUUGGGAAAAGUUGGGAAAAGUUGGGAAAAGUUGGGAAGAGCUGGGAAAAGUUGGGAGAAGUGAGGGAGAGCUGGAAGAAGUUCGGGAGAGCUGGAAGAAGUUCGGGAAGCCGUAAGGAGACUAGGGAAAGCCGUGAGAAGACUGGGGAAAGCUGGAAGGAGUUAAAGAAAGCUGGAAGAAGUUAAAGAAAGCGGGAAGAAGUUAAAGAAAGCUGGAAGAAGUUAAAGAAAGCUGGAAGAAACUUGAGGAGCAGCUGGGAAAAUUUGGGGAGAGUUGGGAAGAGUUUGGGAGAGUUGGAAAAAGUUGGGAAAAGUUGGAAAAAUUUGGAAAAAGCUGGGGAAAGUUGGGAAAAGUGGGGGAAAGCUGGAAGAAGUUAGGGAAGGCUGGAAGGAGGUAGGGAAAGCUGGGAGAAACUUGAAGGCAGCGGCGAAGCUGGGAAAAGUUGGGAGAAGCUGGGAAAAGUUGGAUGCUCGGAAAAGUUGGGGAGAGCUGGGAAGAGUUGGGAAAAGCUGGGAAAAGCUGGGAGAAGUUGGGAGAAGCUGGGAAGAGUUGGGAAGAGUUGGGGAGAGUUGGGAAGAGUUGGGAAGAAUUGGGAAAAGCUGGGAAAAGUUGGGAAAAGUUGGGAGAAGUUGGGAAGAGCUGGGAAAAGUUGGGAAAAGCUGGGAGAAGUUCGGGAGAGCUGGAAGAAGUUGGAAAAAGCUGGGGAAGGUUGGAAAAAGCUGGGGAAAGUUGGGAAAAGUGGAAGAAGGUAAGGAAAGCCGGAAGGAGUUAGGGGAAGCUGGAAGGAGCUGGGGAAAGCUGUAAGAAGCUCGGGAAAGCUGAAAGGAACUUGAAAAGUAAGGAAAAGCUCGGAAAAGUUGGGAGAAGCUGGGAGGAGUUGGAUGUUCGGAAAAGUUGGGAAGAGCUGGGAAAAGCUGGGAAGAGCUGGGAAAAGCUGGGAGAAGUUGGGAAAAGUUGGGAAAAGUUGGGAAAAGCUGGGAAAAGUUGGGAAGAGUUGGGAAGAGUUGGGGAGAGUUGGGAAGAGUUGGGGACAGUUGGGGAGAGUUGGGAAGAGUCGGGGAGAGUUGGGAAGAGUCGGGGAGAGUUGGGAAGAGCUGGGAAGAGUUGGGGAAAGCUGGGAAAAGUUGGGAAAAGCUGGGAGAAGUUGGGAGAAGUUGGGAAAAGCUGGGGAAAGCUGGGAAAAGGUAGGGGAAGCUGGAAGGAGUUAGGGAAAGCGGGAAGAAGCUAGGGAAAGCUGGAAGAAGUUAGGGAAAGCUGGGAAGAGCUGGGAAAAGUUGGGAGAAGUGAGGGAGAGCUGGAAGAAGUUCGGGAAAGCCGUAAGAAGACUAGGGAAAGCCGUAAGAAGUCUGGAGGAAGCUGGAAGAAGUUGGGGAAAGCUGGAAGGAGUUAAAGAAAGCUGGGAGAAACUUGGGAAGCAGCGAGCUGGGGAAAGUUGGAAAGAGUUGGGAAGAGUCGGGAAAAGUUGGGAAAAGCUGAGAAAAGUUGGGAAAAGCUGGGAAAAGUUGGGAAAAGGUAGGGGAAGCUGGAAGAAGUUAGGGAAAGCGGGAAGAAGUUAGGGAAAGCUGGAAGAAGUUGGGGAAAGUUGGGAAGAGCUGGGAAAAGCUGGGAAAAGUUGGGAGAAGUGAGGGAGCGAGAGCGGGAAGAAGUUCGGGAGAGCUGGAAGAAGUUCGGGAAAGCCGUAAGGAGAGUUGGGAAGAGUCGGGAAAAGUUGGAAAAAGCUGGAAAAAGUUGGGAAAAGUUGGAAAAAGUUGGGAAAAGUGGAAGAAGGUAAGGAAAGCCGGAAGGAGUUAGGGAAAGCUGGAAGGAGCUGGGGGAAGCUGUAAGAAGUUAGGGAAAGCUGGAAGAAACUUGAAAAGCAAGGAAGAGCUUGGAGAAGCUGGGAGAAGUUGGAUGCUCGGAAAAGUUGGGAAAAGCUGUGGGAAAAUUGGGAGAAGUUGGGGAGAGUUGGGAAAAGUUGGGAAGAGCUGGGAAAAGCUGGGAAAAGUUGGGAGAAGUUGGGAAAAGCUGGGAAACGCUGGGAAAAGUUGGGGGAAGGUAGGGGAAGCUGGAAGAAGUUAGGGAAAGCGGGAAGGAGUUAGGGAAAGCUGGAAGAAGUUAGGGAAAGCUGGAAGAAGUUAGGGAAAGCCGGCAAAGCUUGAAGAACUGGGGAGCUGGAAGAAGUUAGGGAAAGCUGGCAAAGCUUGAAGAGCUGGGAAGAGUUUGGAAAAGCUGGGAAAAGUUGGGGAGGCUUGGAAGCUUAUGAGUCAGAAGCGGAAGGCUGGGAGCUUGGGGGGGUGCUGUCGUUUGUGUCUUCUGCCGUUGUUGUUUUCGUGUGGUGUGUUGUGCUCUCUUUGCUUUGCUCUUUUCGUGUGCUGUGCUUUGCUCUUUUCGUGUGCUGUGCUUUGCUUUUUUUGUGUGCUGUGCUUUGCUCUUUUCGUGUGCUGUGCUUUGCUUUUUUUGUGUGCUGUGCUUUGCUCUUUUCGUGUGCUGUGCUUUGCUUUUUUUUUGUGCUGUGCUUUGCUUCUUUCGCGUGUUGUGCUUUGCUUUUGUUGUGUGCUGUGCUUUGCUUUUUUCGCGUGCUGUGCUUUUCUUUUUUUUCGUGUUGUGCUUUGCUUUUUUUUUGUGCUGUGCUUUGCUUUUUUUUCGUGCUGUGCUUUACUUUUUUUUCGUGCUGUGCUUUGCUUUUUUUUCGUGCUGUGCUUUGCUUUUUUUUCGUGCUGUGCUUUGCUUUUUUUCCGUGCUGUGCUUUGCUUUUUUUUCGUGCUGUGCUUUGCUUUUUNAGCAGGAGUUGAAAAAUUAGAGAUCUUCGGGCGUAUCAAUCAAAAUCAUCUGUCGAGAAAUAACUGUGCACUCAAGACCCACACGUGGGACACAGGCUGCCAGCUAAUCAUCCGUGACCUCAUGUUUCUUGUGAAUAUGACAAUCAUGGCUUCUAUAGUUGCUUUGAGCUUGAUCUUGAUCGGCCCAGGUCAUCCGUAUGGGUGCUGCGAUAUAAAUAUCGCCUGAGUCGUCCCCUGGGAGGGUUAUGCACAUCAGGGCUUUUUUUUUCUUUUUCUCACUGCCAUGGGCUGAUGUAUUCCACCGACCAUUCUCUUCACUCAUUGCCUUGCGCUUGUGAUGGUUGUUGCAUGACUCAAAACACGGUAGGAGGCUAUCAGCGACGGCGAAGGGUUCUGCCUGAGAUUCUGACUGAAGACUUGGAGUUGUUUUGAAGAGGUACGUAGAGAUGGUUGAUGAGCUUGAAGACGUAGAGAUGGUUGAACUUGAAGGCGUAGAGCUGGUUGAACUUGAAUGCGUAGAGCUGGUUGAACUUGAAGACGUAGAGUUGGUUGAGCUUGAAGACGUAGAGUUGGUUGAGCUUGAAGACGUACAGUUUACUGAAGUUGUAGUUGGGUAUAUGGGUGACGUUUUUCCAUAUGUAAGGCCA